UACUAUAUUGAAGUACAUCAAAUUAAACAUCUCACAAAUCAAUUUGAUGUUACUCCGGACUGACUAAUCGUUGCAGCCAAAGUAGACAAGUUGUAGUGGAACUGUGGAAGAAGAAAAAUGGGGACUCUGAGUAAGGUGCUAUGUCUUGUGCUGCUGUGUUGUGCCAUAGCUGCUACUGAGGGUACUUUGAAGUACAAGGACCCAAAGCAGCCUUUGGGUGCAAGAAUCAGGGAUUUGAUGAACCGUAUGACUCUACAAGAGAAGAUUGGUCAGAUGGUCCAGAUCGAACGCAGCGUCGCUACACCUGAAGUCAUGAAGAAAUACUUCAUUGGGAGUGUGUUAAGUGGUGGAGGAAGUGUGCCUUCGGAAAAAGCUACUCCUGAAACUUGGGUGAACAUGGUCAAUGAGAUUCAAAAGGCGUCUCUUUCGACCCGCCUUGGGAUCCCUAUGAUCUAUGGGAUUGAUGCUGUUCACGGUCACAACAACGUGUAUGGCGCCACCAUUUUCCCGCACAAUGUAGGCCUUGGAGUCACCAGGGAUCCUAACCUUCUUAAGAGGAUUGGGGCAGCAACCGCGCUUGAAGUCAGAGCGACUGGAAUCCCAUAUGCCUUUGCUCCUUGUAUUGCAGUUUGUAGGGAUCCAAGAUGGGGAAGAUGCUACGAGAGCUACAGUGAAGAUUAUAGAAUUGUCAAGCAGAUGACUGAAAUUAUACCCGGUUUGCAAGGUGACCUGCCUACCAAGCGAAAGGGUGUUCCCUUUGUUGGUGGAAAAACAAAAGUUGCAGCUUGUGCAAAGCAUUUUGUUGGAGAUGGAGGUACAGUGAGAGGAAUUGAUGAGAACAACACGGUGAUUGACUCGAAGGGGCUGUUCGGAAUUCACAUGCCUGGAUAUUACAACGCUGUAAACAAGGGUGUUGCAACUAUUAUGGUGUCUUACUCUGCCUGGAACGGUUUGAGAAUGCAUGCUAACAAGGAACUUGUCACGGGUUUCCUCAAGAACAAGUUGAAGUUCAGGGGUUUUGUCAUCUCUGAUUGGCAGGGGAUUGAUAGGAUCACAACUCCUCCGCAUCUUAACUAUUCAUACUCUGUUUAUGCGGGAAUCAGCGCUGGAAUCGACAUGAUUAUGGUUCCGUACAACUACACCGAGUUCAUAGACGAAAUCAACAGUCAGAUACAGAAAAAGCUUAUUCCAAUAAGCAGGAUUGAUGACGCCGUGAAGAGAAUCUUAAGGGUCAAAUUCACAAUGGGACUCUUUGAGGAACCACUGGCUGAUCUCAGCUUUGCCAACCAGCUUGGUAGUAAGGAACACAGGGAACUAGCUCGUGAAGCAGUGAGGAAGUCUCUGGUGCUGCUUAAGAAUGGUAAGCCAGGUGCUAAACCUCUGCUUCCUCUGCCUAAGAAAACAGGGAAGAUCCUUGUUGCGGGAACACACGCUGAUAACUUGGGAUAUCAAUGUGGUGGCUGGACCAUCACCUGGCAAGGCCUUAACGGCAACGACCACACCGUUGGUACAACAAUCCUAACAGCUGUGAAAAAUACAGUGGCUCCGACCACACAAGUCGUCUACAACCAAAACCCCGAUGCAAACUUUGUGAAGUCGGGUAAAUUUGACUAUGCCAUUGUGGUUGUUGGCGAGCCGCCUUAUGCUGAAAUGUUUGGGGACACCACGAACCUGACCAUUAGUGCUCCUGGUCCAAGCACAAUAGGAAACGUGUGCGGAUCAGUGAAGUGUGUGGUGGUCGUGAUAUCUGGCCGUCCCGUGGUGAUUCAGCCUUAUGUUUCGACCAUUGACGCCCUCGUCGCGGCUUGGCUUCCGGGAACAGAAGGUCAAGGAGUGGCUGAUGCUCUGUUUGGUGAUUACGGGUUCACCGGAAAGUUGGCUCGGACAUGGUUUAAGUCGGUGAAGCAGCUACCGAUGAACGUUGGCGAUCCGCAUUAUGACCCGUUGUACCCAUUCGGUUUCGGAGUGAAGGAGAGGGCAAAGAUGAGGAGUUCGAGUUACUUGUUACAAACGUUAGGGCUUCUUCUGCUCUGCUGUACUGUGGCAGCUAAUAAAGAACCACUUGAGAACGCCAAGUAUAAGGACCCAAAAGAGCCAUUGGGAGUCAGGAUCAAGAACCUAAUGAGCCAUAUGACCCUUGAAGAGAAAAUCGGGCAGAUGGUUCAGCUUGAACGCGCCAAUGCCACAACCGAAGUCAUGAAAAAAUACCUCAUCGGGAGUGUAUUUAGCGGGGGAGGGAGUGUGCCGACGCCAUAUGCCAGUCCUGAAGCUUGGGUGAACAUGGUGAAUGAGAUCCAAAAGAAAGCUCUUUCAACCCGCUUAGGUAUUCCCAUAAUUUACGGGAUCGAUGCUGUUCAUGGUCACAACACCGUGUAUAACGCCACCAUUUUCCCACAUAACAUAGGCCUCGGAGUCACCAGGGAUCCUGGCCUUGUGAAGAGAAUUGGUGAAGCAACUGCGCUUGAAGUUAGAGCAACAGGAAUCCAAUAUGUCUUUGCUCCAUGCAUUGCAGUGUGUAGGGACCCUAGAUGGGGAAGAUGCUAUGAGAGCUAUAGUGAGGAUCACAAAAUCGUUCAACAGAUGACUGAAAUCAUACCAGGUUUGCAAGGUGACAUUCCCACCGGUCAAAAGGGUGUUCCUUUUGUCGCUGGAAAGACCAAAGUUGCAGCCUGUGCUAAACACUUUGUUGGAGAUGGAGGUACAUUGAGAGGGAUGAACGCGAAUAACACAGUUAUUAAUACAAAUGGAUUGCUGGGCAUUCACAUGCCAGCUUAUUACGAUGCGGUAAAAAAGGGCGUUGCGACAGUUAUGGUGUCCUACUCGUCCAUAAACGGGUUGAAAAUGCAUGCCAAUAAGAAACUUAUCACGGGUUUCCUCAAGAACAAGCUCAAGUUCAGGGGCAUUGUCAUCUCGGAUUAUCUAGGUGUUGAUCAGAUCAACACACCUCUUGGUGCUAACUAUUCACACUCUGUGUAUGCCGCUAUCACUGCUGGACUCGAUAUGUUCAUGGAUUCGUCAAACUUGACCAAAUUAAUCGACGAGCUAACCAGUCUGGUGAAGCGAAAACUCAUCCCGAUGAGCAGAAUCGACGAUGCCGUGAAGAGAAUCUUAAGAGUCAAAUUCACAAUGGGGCUCUUUGAGAAUCCCAUCGCUGAUCAUAGCUUGGCCAACCAGCUCGGUAGUAAGGAACACAGAGAACUGGCAAGGGAAGCAGUGAGGAAGUCUAUGGUAUUGUUGAAGAACGGCGAAAAUGCGGAUAAGCCGUUGCUUCCUCUGCCAAAGAAAGCCAACAAGAUCCUUGUUGCAGGAACACACGCUGAUAACUUGGGAUACCAAUGUGGUGGCUGGACAAUCACAUGGCAAGGUCUUAAUGGCAACAAUCUCACCAUUGGAACAACGAUCCUCGCCGCGGUGAAGAACACGGUGGAUCCGAAGACGCAAGUUAUCUACAAUCAAAACCCCGACACCAAUUUCGUCAAGUCCGGCGACUUCGAUUACGCAAUCGUGGUCAUCGGAGAGAAACCGUACGCGGAGGGAUCCGGAGACAGCACGAACUUAACCAUAUCAGAACCAGGUCCGAGCACAAUCGAAAACGUGUGCGCAUCGGUGAAAUGUGUGGUGGUGGUUGUAUCGGGACGUCCGGUGGUGAUGCAGCCGUACAUUUCGAACAUCGAUGCUCUAGUGGCGGCGUGGCUACCGGGAACGGAAGGUCAAGGAGUGGCUGAUGUUUUGUUCGGAGAUUAUGGAUUCACCGGGAAAUUGGCUCGGACGUGGUUCAAGACAGUGGAUCAGUUGCCGAUGAACGUUGAUGACCCGCAUUAUGACCCGUUGUACCCGUUUGGAUUCGGGUUGAUCACUAACCCAAAUUAACGGUUUUAUUCGACUACGGUUAAUACAUUGUUGCGCCAAAUAAAAUAAUAAUUCGUAUUUUUU